AUGGCGGAAACCAGAGCGAUCUCAGCAAUCCUCAAUACCACUUGGCCCGAAGCUAUUAUCAAGGCGAGCACAGUGGACUGCGUUCAGAACCAAGCCAAGGAAGCAAUCGGCCGCGACGACACCCUCCCAGAUAGCAGCAUGGGCGGAUACCGAUGUGAAUGCAAUACUUCGAUUUUCAAAAUUUGCAAGUCUGAACUGAUCAUGUUUAUACGAAUGGGUAGAACAACCCGGCUACUAAAUCCUAGACCGGAUGUUGCUCAUAUGGGAAUGUGUGAACUUCCUACGCGCGAAGUAAAAUAUGCAAGACCUACUAUCUACAAGUAUGGGAUUCCACCCGCAGCUACCCGGCCAACCGUCCGCGAGCAUCAGUGCUACCUCGAGGACGAUGAAGAUGAAGAUGGUAAAGCGGAGUAUUCCAGCUUCGAGGAUGAAGAGUUUACUUUGGCGGGCAAUGCUCUUCUUUCGAUAGCCUUCAUUCCGCCACGGAUGUUCUUUUCGGACCCCAAAAUGGGGACCGAGUGCGUGCUAUAG